AUUACCACUAUAAAUAUAUAUAUCAUUUUUCAGUUUGAUUCUGAUGUAACAUAGGAAUGAUCAUAAUGCAAUCCGUGAAAUACUACCUAUCAGAGCAUCCGUCCGUCGUCAACUUCCGGUGGAGCAACACCCAAACGUUUGGCUCCACCUGGUCCUUCCUCUUCUCCUCCAUCUCCAUCUACGUCGUCGCCGCCACCACCCUCCAUACCUUCCUCUCUCUCAUCCUCCCCAAACGUCGACGUGUUCCGCUCGGCCCAAUCCCAGCCAUCCACAGCCUCUGUAUCUCGUUAAUCUCCGCAGUCAUCUUUGUCGGCAUCCUCCUAUCUUCCGCGGCCGACAUCCGCGACACCCGAUGGUUCUGGCGUCGUACCAGAACCAUAACCACCCCAUUCCAAUGGUUCCUCUGCUUCCCACUCGGAACGCGCCCUUCUGGUCGCGUCUUCUUCUGGUCCUACGUAUUUUACCUCUCCCGUUUCCUCCACCUCCUCCGAACAUUCUUCACCAUCCUCUGUCGCCGUAAAUUAACUUUCUUCCAUCUUUUCAACCAAUCAAUUCUCUUAUUCAUGUCUUUUCUAUGGCUGGAAUUCUCUCAGUCGUUUCAAGUCUUGGCUAUCUUAUUGGCCACUUUGUUGUACUCGGUGGUGUAUGGGUUCCGAUUCUGGACGGCGAUCGGGCUCCCGAGCAGCGCCUGCUUCUCUUUCGUUCUGAAUUUCCAGGUGGUGCUUUUGGGGCUCAAUUUAAUCUGCCAUUUCGGAGUAAUUUUUCUGCAUUUUGUGAAAGGUGGGUGCAAUGGAAUGGGAGCUUGGUGUUUCAACUCUGUUCUCAAUGGCGUAAUUCUUUGUCUCUUCCUCGAUUUCUACUUCAAGAGGCAUUUGAGGAAGAGAACCCUUAGUGACAUUAGUGGACACGGUAGUAGUUCAACUUCCGCUCGUUACCGCCGUCGCUCGGCGUCAGCAAUGAAAAGUGAUUGA